UUUUUAUUUUGUGACGUAGUGUUUUUAUUCAACUUUAUCAGUUUUAUCAAACGAAUUGCAAUGCAUUUAUAAUUAUUCUUACAUUAAUUAUGGCUGCCUUUGGUGAAGGGUUGCCUACAGGUCCUGAGGGACCAUCUAAAGUUGGUUUUAGUCCCACUGCUGGUGAAUUUUUCUUCAAAAGUGCCUCAAGAUCCCCAUCAGUUACCUCCGUUGAGAGAUGGCCCCAACUGUUAGUUUCAAACUCAAAAUCAGACAAAUUGUCCCAGAAAGUCCGAGAUCCCGGCUUGAUUGAGCGCAGAAAUUUGGUCAAUAUCUCUAAGCUUAUUGUCAAAGAGUUAAUUGAAACGUCUGUGAAAUAUGGACGGAUGCUGGAUUCAGAUAGCAUGCCCUUACAGCAUUUUUUUAUUGUUCUGGAACAUGUUCUUCGACAUGGGUUGAGGCCUAAAAAGGGUCUAUUAGGACCGAAAAAAGAACUAUGGGACAUCUUACAAACUGUCGAGAAACUCACUGCAGAAGCACAAGAUAUCACAGCAAGUGUUCGGGAUUUACCAACUGUGAAAACAGCCAUGGGUCGAGCAAGAGCCUGGCUUCGCUUAGCAUUGAUGCAAAAGAAGUUAGGAGACUACCUAAAAGUUUUAGUCGAUCACAAAGAUGAUAUACUGUCAGACUAUUAUGAACCAGACGCUCUUCUCAUGAGUGAGGAAAUUAUAGUUAUCGUUGGUCUUCUCCUAGGAUUGAAUGUCAUAGACUGCAAUUUGUGUGUGAAGGAAGAAGACUUAGAUUGUCAGCAAGGAGUCAUUGAUUUCUCCCUGUACCUGCGUAAUGCUUGUCCUGUCAAUUGUAGUGGAAGUUCAAUUGAAAACGACCCUGACUUAGAGAAUAUGACUGCAGUCCUAGAUCAAAAAAAUUAUAUCGAAGAACUAAACAGGCAUUUAACAGCCACAGUUGGGAAUCUUCAAGCCAAAGUAGAAGCCUUAACAACCACCAAUGCUUUAAUGAAAGAAGACUUGGAGAUAUCAAAAAGUAAUCUGUAUGCUUUGAUGGAAGAAAAUGCCAAUUUGAAGGCCAAAUUAAGCUCUGUGAAUAGCUCAGCACAUAUUGAAGAGACAACCAAAGGAACUAAAGAUGUGAAGGACGAGAAUGAUCCCAUGAAGAAGGAAAUGGAACAGCUUAAACAACAGUUAGAUGCUGAAAAAAAGCAAAAGCAGGAUGCAAUGAAGGAACUACAUCUACAGUUAUGCUUGAAGAAUGAAAUGGAAGUUGCCAUGAAACUUUUGGAGAAGGACAUUCAUGACAAACAAGAUACAAUCACUUCACUCCGUUGUCAGUUGGAUGACAUUAAAGUAAUCAACAUAGAAAUGUAUAAAAAAUUACAGGAAUGUGAGGAAGAACUGACUCAAAAAGGAGAGAUGGUCAGCAGACUUCAAGCAAAAACCUCACAAAUCGGGCAGCUUUUGAGCAGUUUACAAAAGCACAAUCAUUUACUGCGAGAUCCACCUCCGAAAACAGAGAAGUCUAAAAAGAGUGAGAAGUCGCCGAGUUCAAAUAAUGAAAACUCAGCGUCUGGAAAAGAAUCCUCCAAGAAUGUUGAGAAGUCUGAAAGAAAGGAGGAAUAAUUUUGAAUCUUCUCCCUUCAUUUUCAUUUGAUUUAUUUUAUGUUACCUCUCCUGUCGUUUGAGUCUCAUUUCAGAGUUAUGUUCACAGGAAUGCGAAAAUUCGCUCAAGCACAAAACAGAAUUGAUUACUAAACUAGAGGCUAAAACUGUCACCAUGUCUGAUGCUUUAGAGAAAUUGGAUGCUAAGUAUGUUCUUGUGUUCUUUAGUCCUUUUUUUUCUUUUUAAGUGAAAUUUUUUUUCUUGAAUUUUUCCUUUGUAAUUUAUACGUUCAUUUUGCUUGCCCAAAUUUCAAACCAAAGCUGAGCUCUCCAUUUGAAAAUUUUAUAGAGUUAUCAAUGGGAGAAAAGAAUGUUAUCUCCAUCAGAAAAAAACGGCUCCAUUUUUGAGGAAAACUCUUUAAUGUUUCCUUUGAAGUCUAUGUAUGUACUUGGAACAUUUUUUCAAUGAACUAUUUUGGGCUGGGCAAGCAACAAUUUUUAAAAGUCUAAAUCCAUCACUUGCAUCUCAAAUACUCAACCUAAAAUGAAAUCCCAAAAUAUUUGCUGUUCAUAAGACUUCUAGCUCUUUCUCUUUGGAAAUUGUAGAUGUCAUUUAGCGCUUUUCUGACACAAGGGCGUAACUACACAUAGCAAUGAAUCCAAUGAAGUCCAUGUAGCGCAAUGUUUUUCUGGGUUCAUCUCAAAAUGUAGUUGCACCUUUUUGUCAGCCAAGCGACGUAUUGCUUAAAUAACCAGACAGGUUAUUACGUUUUGCAGGAGACCUAUUUUGUACAAUUCAAACCAAGUUACAAAGACGCAGGUGAAUAAUUAUGGUAUUUUUUCCCACCAAGUCAAUUUCUUUAGAAAGAAGUUGGAUCAGUAGAGCUUAAAAAGAAUCGAUAGUUGCCUUGGAAGGUUUGAGGAUUUUUUCUACUCUUUACUCUUCCAAAACAUCGUCCAAAACAUUUCAAACUUGCUUCCAUACUGAUAUCUUUUUAUUGAAACAAUGUACCUGAGGCCAGUAAAUCUUAGGGCAUGUUUUUAUAGUGUGAUACAUGUGUGGAAGAUACUUAAUCUCUGGGAUGUUAUAAAUGAGAAAAAAUGAAAUAAGUUCAAAUUCUACGGUCUUGUAUAAGCUGUAAUAUUUUAAAACACAGCUCCGAUCAAUUCCCAUGAGAUGUAAAAUCAGUCUUCUGUAUCCAUAUCUUCCAGUCUUCUGGUGUUCUAAGUUUUUCCGCUUAGCUUUGAAAAACACAAUAAUUGAAACUUCUUUUUGAGAUUCACAGAACAGUACAUCUCUCAAAAUAAGUUUUUUUCUAUUCUCAAGAUGAUUAAUUUGUUUAAAAGAGAAAUACCUUUUUUAAUAUCAUGCAAACGUUGCUUUAAAGCAAGAAGUAUGUGCCUAAAUUUGUUUAUUGCUUGUUCCUGAAAUCUUUUGAAAUUGGUAGAUUCAAAUUGUGAAUCUGUUAUAAAUUUGUAUUUCUUCCUAACUCAUAAAUAUAACUGAAAAGUCUUUUGAGUCAUUAUAAAGGAAGAAAUGACAGAGCGUUUACUAAGAUUAGUAUUUUCUGAUUUUAAUAGGUUCAUUUUUAUUUUUCCUAUCCAUCUAUGGGACUCUUAUAGAUCAGUAGUAAAAAUUUUUCUGUUUUGAUUGUAGUUGCCCUUCAGUCAGAACUUUGGAAAUCUUUCACCACUGGCAACUAGGCUCCAAUCAAAAUAACUUUUUUACAAGGCUUUCGUGAAAUAUUUUUUUUAAAUUUUUUUCAUGCUAUCUGCACAAUUUGUUUUAAUGUUAAACCGAUUUAUUACAAAUUUAUCUCAUUAAGUUUUAUGUACUUUGGCUUUUUUUGUACAGGUAAAUGAUAAAGAAUGACUUUAGGGAAGUUUGAAAAUAAAUGUUCUUGUUGAAAAA